AUGCGAGGCGCGUUCGGGCAUUAUCUGCCACCUGCUGGCUUGGAGAGUCUUCACAAAUAUGCGUAUGUGUCCGGUCACCGCACUCCGUUUGACAUCAUCUUGAAUCCAUGGUGGGAAGCUGUUGAGAAGAUCAUUCCCUGGAGAGUGCACCCCAAUGUAUUAACAGUUUCCAGCUGUAUUUCGGCCAUCCUGGGGAGCUGCUUGGUACUGGCCUUUUGCCCGUACCUCUCAGAGGCCCCGCCUCGCUGGGUACUCAUAGGAGGGGCGCUCUUCUUAUUCUUGUUUCAAACACUAGACGCAAUAGACGGGAAACAUGCGCGCCGCUUGGGCCUUUCCUCUCCACUGGGGCAGCUCAUGGAUCACGGAUGUGACAUCCUCAGCACUACGCCCCUUACUUUUCUCAGCACCACAGUCAUUGGUGCUGGAGUUGGACUCAUGCCCUACGCCGUAGCAGUUGUAUCGACUCAGAUGCUGCAAUUUUUAUAUACAUGGUGGGAGCUUCACUUCCACGUGUUCUACACCGCCACAGGCAUUGUGGGCGUGACAGAGGCGCAGCUCGCGGUGAUACUUCUGUCUAUCAUGGGAGGCAUCUUUGGUCCCGAGAUAUUUCAUGUUGAUCUCCUGGCACACCUACCGUCAGCAUUAGGAGUGCCACUAGCGCAGCUUGAAAAAGCUGGUGGAGUAUCUGUAACAGCCAGCGUGCUGCUUCAGUGGUUGUUGUUAAUCUGCAACACUGGCCUUUGCAUGUGCAACAUUAUAAUGGGAAUCCGGCGGGCGCCGCGGCCAUUACUCGCGCUCAUGCAGGUGGUUAUGUUUCUGGUUUACGUCUUCGUCCAGGGGGUUGUUUACAUGCACUGCCUGGUGUGGCGGCCAGUGUUGAAUCCGUACCUAGUGUACAUGGUUCUUUGCUUGACGUACACCAUUUUGAUGCUGCGCCUAUGCCUCUCGGCCACCUGCCGCUUUUCGUACAAAACAAUUCAAUGGCCAAUGCUACCCCUGGCAGCUGCCGCAGCUGCACUUCGCUUAUGCAAUCUAACGGUGGACCAGGAGUUUUGCGCCAUGAUGGCGGUGUGCUUAUUUAAUUUCAUUUACCUCGCAGACUUCGUGUACACCGUGGUUUCGGAUAUUUGUGACAGUCUGGGUAUCCCUUGUUUCACCGUUCCUAGCCCUGACACUUCCAAAUUUUCUCCGAAGGGAGCAAAGCAUGGAAAGAAGGCAGAAUAA